AUGAAGUCAUUGAUAGUACUUCUUGGCUUUCUUGUGGCAACCCUGUUUAUAAUAUCGUGGGUUUUACACAAUCGCCACCCCAAAUACGAUGGCCUCCCCUGGGCUGGCCUACGAAAGGAGCGGUUCCCAAGACUCCGAGCGAGCUUGCGUUAUAGCCGUGAUGGCCUAAGGGUCGUGGAGGCAGGGUACAAAAAGUUUAAUAAAUACGGAAGCCCAUUCAUUACUCCCCUAUCAACCACAAAGCCAAUGGUAGUUGUGCCGCCAUCUGAUAUCGAAUGGUUGGCAAAAAGGCCCAGGUCCGAGGUUAUGCCACCUCAAAUGGUUAUCCAUCCGGAUCUGGUUCAUUUUUAUCUUCCGAAGAUGCCCGCUGGAGAAUUCACGCACAUGCCGACCAUCAAUGUCCAUCUGAAGAAAAUAACACCAGAAGUUGUCUGGCGGCAAGUUCGUGACAGCAUUCCCAUAACCCUUGACGCUGGAGCUUCAUGUGAUAAGGCAUGCGACAAUGGCUGGGAGACUAGAGACCAGUUCGAGUUCUUAGGCGGUAUUGUGGGACGGCUGUCGGUCGGCCUCUUUCUCUCCAAGAGUCUCAGUCGCGAUCCUGAAUUUGUUCAAACAAUGAUUAUGUACGGGUUGACUUUCAACAUCUUCCCAUACCAGUUUCAUGACGCCAUUCCUAAGCCGCUCAGGAGGCUCUACGUGCCGUUGAUCGCAGCACCGUCAAGAUAUUACUUGCACAAGCUCCACAAGUGGCUUUUACCCCUUGUUCGGCAACAUCUGGGUGGUGAAGAGGCCGAUGAGGAUAAGGAUACCGUGCUUUAUCACCACAUCAAAUGGGCGCAACAGUCAGCCGACUCGCAAGACCGGGAUCCCCAUGUCAUCAUAUCACGGAUGGUUUUGAUGAUCGGUGCACUUGCGCUCCCUACUCUCUACCAGAGCUUGAGUGACUCUGUGGCCAAUCUGACCCGGAAGGUGCCGGGAGGUGACGAUUGCAUAGCAGUGGUUCUUCGACGGGAGACAGCUGUGCUCUUUGAAGAGGCGGAACAUGAUGUGCUGCGUAACGAUUACACUCAACAUCUCAUUCACCUAGAGUCUUUUCUCAAGGAGACUUUGCGCUACCAUACUUUCAAUGGGUUUGGUCUUGGUCUGAAUCGGGAGGUGGUGGCUGAGAAAGGUUUGAAGCUUCCAUCUGCCAAGGCCGGCCCGAUACUUCCCAAAGGCACUUGGCUGACAGCGGCGUAUGACCCUAUACACCGUGAUCCAGACAAUUAUGAAGCACCGGAUGAAUUCAAGCCGUGGCGAUUUGUGUCUCCGAAUGGAGAAAAGGAUGAAGAAUUGACGGAUACAAGCGACAAAUACCUGCCCUUUGGCCGGGGUAGGGACACUUGUCCCGGAAGGUUCUUUGCUGCGGAUUAUAUGAGGCUGGUGAUGGUGUAUCUUGUACACAAUUUCGAGAUCCGUUCGCCGAAAGGCUUGCUCAAAGGACCAGCCACAUCGAUUGAGAUCAAACCCCGAGAACUUGACUCAACCAGUGAUGUUCAUCGAUAG